AUGCAUCCAAACGGGCAUAAGCAGAAAGCGCAACCACCAUGGCAAUUUCAUCAGGCUCCACAUUCUCAAGCUACAUUCUUCGAAACACGGCAAUGGCAUCGUGGGGCCGAUUCGCUUAGGCAUACCCAUCACAUCUCCAGUGGUCAUGCUCAUUUCAUCAAACAGCUUGCGAGCAUCAGAGUUGCUAGGAGAGCCAAAAGAGGAGUACAUCCUGACCAAGGCAGUAAGGACGUGAAGAUGAGAAUGGUGGCCAAAGCAAAUGGAUUGAGAGUGAAGUUGCCUUCCAGUGACGGCUUUGAGGGCGAAAGGGACGGAGUAAGUGUCGGGUCACAAGCCAGCAAAUUGGAUGUUAUUGUAAAGAAAGAUAGAAGAUUUGAGGUGCGGAGGAGAGCAAGAGAGAGCGUUGGUGAUGGUGUUGUAGAGAUAGAUAUCGGGGGAGUAGGUAAUGGAGGCGAAGACAGAAUAAGCAUAGGAAGAGAAGCCAAGAGAAGAGCAAGCGUGAAUGAAUCGGCUAAGGAGGAGGUUGUUUGUAUCGAGGGCUCUGAGAAGCAUGAAGGCAUGUGUCUGGUGGAUGUGUUUGAGAUUAGAGGAAUGGGUGAGUAUGGAAUUCAAAACGGAUGA